AUGUUACACCCAGAUUUCCAGAAUGAGAAUAUUGAUCUCGAAAUUCAGGCUUGUAAGGUAUAUCAUCCUGGUGAAUGUCGGGUUGGUACUAACACUUGCUACAUAUGCGGGAAGCCAGGACACUUGGCAAGGGAAUGUUCCAACUGUAACAAACAAUAUAAAGGAGGAGAAGAAAAGAAAACAAACGCUAGAAUCUUUGCCUUGACUCAGGAAGAAGCGGAAGCAAGUCCAUCCACAGUAAUCUCAGGUCAGCUCAUUUUCAAUAACAUCCCUACAUCAGUAUUAGUUGAUUCUAGAGCUACACACUCAUUCGCAUCAGUGCAUUUAGUUGGUAGACUGAAUGGAUUACCUGUUGAGAUGGAUACAAUUUUUAGUGUAGCACUACCCUCCGGGAAAGUGCUAUACUCAACUCAUUGGUAUAAGACUAUACCAAUUACAAUCAAUGACAGGGAACCAUAUGUUAACCUGGUCAUUAUCGAUAUGAAGGACUAUGACGUCAUUUUAGGAAUGGAUUUCCUAACAACGUAUAAUCCUAGAAUCGACUGUAGUAAGAAAGAAGUCAUUUUUGCACCGGUAGGAGAAGAAGAAGUUCAUUUUCAAGGGAAAGUGAAACGAACCCCUUCACCAAUGAUUUCUGCAGCAAAGGCAAGGAAAUUAUUAGCAAACGGAUGCACCGAAUUUCUAGCAAUGAUUUGGGAUGUCUCGAAAGAGAAGAUUGCGAGACCUGAAGACGUUCCCGAUCGUGAAAUUGAGUUUGAGAUCGAGUUGUUACCUGGUACAACUCCGAUUUUAAAGGCCCUUUACCGCUUGGCACCUGCCAAACUGAAGGAACUAAAGACUCAACUGGAGGAACUUUUGGAAAAGAAGUUUAUACGACCCAGUCAUUCACCGUGGGGAGCUCCAUCAGAAAAAGAACAUGAGGAACAUCUAAGAUGUACGCUGGAAACUCUAAAAAAGGAACAAUUAUAUGCCAAAUUCAAGAAGUGUGAAUUUUGGCUCGAUAAAAUUAACUUUUUGGGACAUGUUGUAUCAAAAAGUGGGAUUUUGGUGGAUCCAGCUAAGGUGGAAGCAGUAAAAGGAUGGUCUCAGCCAAGGAAUGCAACUGAAGUAAGAAUUUUUCUGGGCUUAGCUGGAUAUUAUCGACGAUUCAUAGAAGGGUUUUCCAAAAUUGCAACCCCACUUAUAGCGCUCACUAGAAUGAAUAGUCGAUUCAUAUGGACGGAAGCUUGUGAGGAGAGUUUUAUGGAGUUAAAGAAUCGACUAACUAAUGCCCCAAUCCUCACCAUCCCGAAUAGUACAGACGAAUUUGAAAUUUUCUGUGACGCUUCAAAGAUGGGAUUAGGAGCGGUGUUGAUGUAA